AUGACAGACGCUCCCUUAACGCAAGUCAGCACAGAGCAUCAAGACACUUUGCGACCAUCGGCUCCGUGGGUCUUUUGCACGAAGACGCAUUUGGAUAUUGAUGGAGUGAAAGAAGGAAUAAGGGUUGCUGGUAUAGGAAUUGUUGGGAGUGGAGGCAUAAAAGUAGGGAUGGCGAAGGAGGUUUUAGUGGAAGGAGGACAUUUCUUUCCGUCUUCGUUUGACGAUGUGCCAAGGACGGGAAAGCAUGUACUGAAUAAGUUGGAGAAUGAGGUGGACAGAUAUCGAAAGAUUGAGGAGAAAUGA